CGUAGUGUAAUAGAAUUAUUGUCUAUGAUCUAUGAUGUUAACUUUUUUAUAGUCUCUCGAAUAUUGGCGUUUAGCAAGAAAUAUUGUUCUGUCGAUUCAUGGGUUUUUAAUAAAUUAAAUAACGUUUAUUUAAGUGCACCUGCGGUUUUAUUUUCAUCCCACAACUUUUGGGGGCUCGUCCGGGAUGGAAAUAAGCCAAAGGUGCUGAAGAUGUUGUAAAUAAGGUGUAAAAGGGGUAGCGUGUUGGUGGCGAUUCCCACACAGCAAAGAUGGCGGCGUACUAGAAGGAACAUUAUUGUGAAAAUUCGGUGAAAAUUAUAAAUUAAUGAAGGUGAAAUUAAGGUGGACAUAAAAGCAUAGAAGGUGAUAUAUUUGAAUACGGUGAAAGGUGUAUACGUAAUGGCCGAUAAAGACGACACGAUGGCGGCGGCGGGACAACCCUUGUUGCACAACAUCGAGGCAACAAUACCGCGGUUCUCGGGAGCGGACCCGACGUACACGGCGGCAAAGUGGGUGGAGGAGAUCGGUGACAACGCGGAGGUGUUCAGCUGGUCUCCUUCACAGAAACUGUUGAUGGCGCGAAGGGCACUGACUGGGGUAGCAGCUCUGUGGCUCCGCUCUGAAAAAAAUUUCAAAACAUUCGACGAACUGCAGAAGGCCCUGCUAAAGGAGUUCCCCGAUGAAGUGAACACGAAGGAUAUUCACGAGCUGAUGACCAAUCGAAAGAAAAAACGGGACGAAAGCUGCUAUGAGUACAUGUUAAUUAUGAAGGAGUUGGGGAAGCGGGGUAAAUUCCCGGACUACGUGGCAAUACAAUACAUAGUAGAUGGCAUCGUCGACUUUGAGACGAACAAAGUCAUGCUGUACGGAGUAUCUACCUACUCUGUACUCAAGGAGAGGUUGCAGAUCUACGAAACGAUGAAGAAGAACUCCGCCAAGAAUAACCAUCCGGCGGCGACAACUAUGGCAAAAAGGACAGGUGCAGCGGUAGCGGCGAGAAACACUCCCACACCACCUCAAAGGAGAUGUUUCCAGUGUGGAGACGUGAACCAUUUCGCCAGCGAUUGCAAAAACGGGGUGAAAUGCUACAAGUGCAAUCAGUUCGGCCAUAUUGCUCCGCAUUGUCAUGCAACUUCAAAUACAACAUCAAUGGCAGAGCAUCGAGGCCGUGAGGUUGGUACGAGCGGAACACAGCCACGACGGUCGAUGUGCGUGACAGCGACGACGGCGGCGGCGGCGGCGGCGCACGAUAAUACAGAUGGUGGUCAAGUUGGCAGCACUGCAACAGUCUGUGGAUGUUUUGACACUUCUGACAUGAAUCAGAUGUAACACCAAUAGCUUAUGUACCAGAUCCUGAAAUAAGACGCAAAACUGAACAACUAGUGAAUAAUUACAAGCCUGUACAAACAAAAGAAGCCCCAAUUGAGAUGCAAAUAAUUUUAAAAGAUGAAAU